GAGUUGCCACCCUAGGAAUAACUUGUAUCUUUUUCCAACACUAUCUGAGGGCCACAUCAGCUGGACCGCUUUUUUUUAUAACAAUAAAAAAUUGCGUUUGUUAUUGUUGUAAAGAGACAGACUAACAAAAGUUAAAAAGAGUUUAUUAUAUCAAAAACAAGUUAAAUUGUGAACAAAACCAAUCGGGUUCGGUUGCCUUGGCAACCCGGCGACCCAAACAACAAACGGAAUCGGGAAACAGAAAUCUUUCCCAGCAGCAGCCAAAGGUGUUCUCUCAUAAGCAAAAAUGUUUAUACUAGACAGGAUAUUACCCUUUAUUGUCAGCUACAUAAGGCCGUUCAUCAAGUGGUUCCUCCACGCAUUCACCCGGCUGUCCGAGUUGCAAAGGAUCUGCUAUGGUGCUCGCGCCGGUGCUAGUCGGACGAGUCAGGUGGAGCGAUCGCUGGCAUUGUCCAAGACGCCGCAAAUACGACGCCUAGGUCUUGACCUUGACGAGGCGGCGCCAUAUGUGGACGACAGGGAGCUGCUGGAAUUCGCUCCCCGCGCUGCUCGGGUUGUGAUGCAAUCCAAGCGCAUUAAGAGUAAUGUGCAUCCGGACUUUGCCCGGCUCUUUGGCACCUGCGUGACAAGCAUCUGGGGCUACCGCCGGCUGAUGCAUCAGUUGGAGCAGCUGCGAGCGGAGAAGUACGACUCCGAUAACCUCGAGCACGAGCAGAAGCUGCUGCGAUUGUGGCAGCUCCUUAUGCCGGAGAAUCCACUCACAGGACGAGUGAGCAAACAGUGGCAGGACAUCGGCUUUCAGGGCGACGAUCCCAAGACGGAUUUCCGGGGAAUGGGCAUGCUCGGUUUGGAGAAUUUGCUCUACUUUGCCACCGAAUACAAUGAUGCCGCCAAGCAUGUGCUCCUGCACUCUAUGCACCCCACUUUGGGCUACACCUACGCCAUUGUGGGCAUUAAUCUCACUUCGAUGGCCUUCAAUUUGGUUAAAUCCGGUGCCGCCAAGACACACUUCUACAAUCUGGUGGUCCAGCACAAGCAGGAUUUUAGCACAGUGCAAGAUUUCCACAAGCUUUACUGCUAUCUGUUCUUUGAGUUCGAUCGAUUCUGGAAGGACAGUGAUCCGCGAAAUAUUAUGGACUUUCGCGAGAUAUAUCAGGACUUUGAGAUCACCAAACUGGAGGCCUUGCACAAUGAUAGCACUAUUUUUAAGACGAAUUUGGUUGUAGAGUCCGUUUAACACAGAAUAAAUAAAUUAAAACAAGUCAACUGCUGAA